AGGAAUUGGCUAGUGUGCCGCACUUGGAGUCAGGAAGGCCUGUGUUCGGAUCCCACCUCAGACAUUCCCUAGCGAUGCGACUAUGGAAGAUUGGAUUUUCAAUGGCAGAAAAAAGAAGAGUAAUCAGAUGAUCGAGAUGAAUUAUAACAUUCUUCUUGAAGAGAUUCUUAUUAAAAGGUCACAACAGAAAAAGAAGACUUCACCUUUAAACUACAAAGAGAGGCUUUUUGUACUAACAAAGUCUAUGCUGUCCUAUUAUGAAGGCCGAGCAGAGAAAAAAUAUAGAAAGGGAUUUAUUGACAUUUCAAAAAUCAAAUGUGUGGAAAUAGUGAAGAUUGAUGAUGGUGUUAUUCCUUGUCAGAAUAAAUUUCCAUUUCAGGUUGUCCACGAUUCAAUUACACUUUACAUUUUUGCUCCCAGUGCACAAAGCAGAGACAGAUGGGUGAAAAGCUUAAAGGAAGAAAUCAAGCACAACAACAACAUAAUGGUCAAAUAUCAUCCCAAACUCUGGGCAGAUGGAAGCUAUCAGUGUUGUAGACAAACGGAAAAGUUAGCACCUGGAUGUGAAAAAUAUAAUCUCUUUGAGAGUAGUAUAAAGAAAGCACUACCUCCAGCACCAGAAAAAAAUAAGCGAAGGCCUCCACCUCCUCUUCCGCCUGAAGAAGAUAAAAAUGAAGAAAUAGUUGUAGCAAUGUAUGAUUUCCAAGCAACAGAAACACAUGAUCUCAGACUAGAGAGAGGCCAAGAAUAUAUUAUACUGGAAAAAAAUGAUGUUCAUUGGUGGAGAGCAAGAGAUAAGUAUGGGAGUGAAGGAUACAUUCCAAGCAACUAUGUUACAGGGAAGAAAUCGAGCAACUUAGAUCAAUAUGAAUGGUAUUGUCGCAAUAUGAAUAGAAGUAAGGCAGAGCAACUCCUUAAAAGUGAAGAUAAAGAAGGUGGUUUUAUAGUGAGGGACUCCAGUCAAGCAGGCAUGUACACAGUGUCCCUUUAUACCAAAUUUGGAGGGGAAGGUUCGUCAGGAUUUAGACACUAUCACAUAAAGGAAACAACAACAUCUCCAAAGAAGUACUAUCUUGCAGAAAAACAUGCAUUUAGUUCGAUUCCUGAAAUUAUUGAAUACCAUAAGCACAAUGCAGCAGGGCUUGUCACCAGGCUGCGGUAUCCAGUAAGUGCGAAAGGGAAGAAAGCACCAACCACUGCAGGGUUCAGCUAUGAGAAGUGGGAGAUCAAUCCCUCAGAGCUGACCUUUAUGAGAGAAUUGGGAAGUGGACUCUUUGGGGUGGUCAGGCUUGGCAAAUGGCGGGCCCAAUACAAGGUGGCAAUCAAAGCUAUUCGAGAAGGUGCAAUGUGUGAGGAAGACUUCAUUGAAGAGGCCAAAGUGAUGAUGAAGCUGACUCACCCCAAAUUAGUUCAACUUUAUGGUGUGUGCACCCAGCAGAGACCUAUUUACAUCGUUACGGAGUUCAUGGAAUGUGGUUGUCUUCUGAAUUUCCUUCGACAAAGACAUGGUCAUUUCAGUAGAGAUAUUCUACUAAGCAUGUGUCAGGAUGUAUGUGAAGGAAUGGAAUACCUGGAGAGGAACAGUUUCAUCCACAGAGAUCUGGCUGCCAGGAAUUGUUUAGUGAAUGAGUCAGGAGUUGUGAAAGUGUCUGACUUUGGAAUGGCAAGAUAUGUCCUGGACGACCAGUAUACAAGUUCUUCAGGUGCUAAGUUUCCGGUGAAGUGGUGUCCACCAGAAGUUUUUAAUUAUUGUCGAUUUAGCAGCAAGUCAGAUGUCUGGUCUUUUGGUGUGUUAAUGUGGGAAAUAUUCACUGAAGGGAGAAUGCCUUUUGAGAAAAAUGCCAACUUCGAGGUGGUAACGAUGGUUAGCCGUGGCCACAGACUUUAUCGGCCAAAGUUGGCUUCCAGAUAUAUUUAUGAAGUGAUGCUGAGUUGUUGGCAUGAGAAACCAGAGGGAAGACCUUCAUUUGAAGAGCUGCUGCACUCAAUAGAUGAACUAGCAGAAUGUGAAGAAACUUUUGGAAGAUAAAUGGUGCUAUAAGUGCCAGUUCCCUAAUGCCAGAGCACAAGGAAGAAAUGAUGCCUUGUGCAGAACUUUUAAUUUAUUUUGCACAUGGAUAAACAGCUCAUUUGGUUUAUUCCAGAAAUACACUAGGCUUUUAUUUGAGAAGCAGCCACAGCACCAAAAAGGCGGCUUACUCUCCAAUUCUGAUAACAGCCUUGCAGAUAGUAACUACAAAGUAAAAAGAGACUACUGUUUAAAGACUCUGCACUUCUGGGAGGAAGCAUUGUUGGGUCAGGCGGAAGAAGCCAGUGGCGGCAGUGGUAACAGUGGAGGUUCAGAUUCAGACAGGAACAGACAUGGUGCCAUGAACUAGAGGAAUGCCUUACAAGCUUCUUUCUUCAACGCUUUCUCAGACCUGGAACCCAGAGUCUCAUUCUGAAAAUAGUCCUGGAGAGAGGAAAGAACCUUGAGCUAAAGUCAUAUCAGUCACUGUCAUUGGGGUCAUUUUCAAUGCUACUAAGCAUUCUUCAGUACUUUGGCGAUACUGCAUGGCUGCAAGUGAUGGAUUAAGCCAUUCUUCAGAAAAUUAAUAUUACAUGUCAUCUGAAUGCAGUGGAGAGGCACAUGGUAGGCAGCAACAUCGUGUUACCAAAGAGUUGCACUGGAUGUUUUUAGAGAGAUUUGUGACCAGAAAAGGAGGUGGACCUGUCACAGAGCAAGAAUGAGGAGAUGGUAACUUUUACACUCCUUUGGCUUCUCUCCAGUGCCAGGAGCUCCAGAAGAAGGCUACAGAAUGUCGAGUGAGACCCUAUGAGAAAAUUCAGUGGGAAGAGAUGGACUAGAAUUGGACAGGAUGAGAAGGCAUGAAUAGGUCACCAUCUGCACUGUGGAAGGGAGUAGUCACACUGAUAAGAUCACAAGUCCAUUAAGUAUUACAUG